UGAUCUUCUAUAUGUUGUGUGCAUUUAUUUAAGUGGCAUGCAUAUGACAGGAUAGUACCCUACCCGGCCACGGGCCGCAUUAUCAUUGAUCAUGAAAGCCUUUAGCUUCCGAAGCCUCACUACAUCUGUGGUGAUAAUGGUUGCACUUCUUGUUUGGUCUUCCUCGACCAGCUGCCAUGGAAGAAGACAUUGGAGGGCAACAAGAGGUGCCACCUCACCAACUCUCUACAAAGAUAUUGGCGGCGGCAAGCACCAACACGGCAAUGCCGCCGGAAAACCCAAGCACAAACCCUACGCACCUCCCCCGCCUUCGCCUACGCCACCGCCUCCACCGUCUAGUGACGACAAUGACAGCUCGGUUUUCAAUGUGUUGGACUUUGGAGCAAAGGGUGACGGAGAGACAGAUGAUACUAAGGCAUUUCAAGCUACAUGGGGUGCAGCUUGUAAGGUGGAAGCAUCAACAGUUAUGGUGCCUUCGGAACAUGUGUUCCUAGUGGGGCCCACUUCAUUCUCCGGACCUUACUGCCAACACAACAUUGUUUUCCAGCUUGAUGGCACAAUCAUAGCUCCAACAGACUCAAAGGCUUGGGGUUCAGGUCUUUUCCAAUGGCUUCAAUUCACAAAGCUGGUGGGACUUACAAUCAAAGGUAGUGGAACAAUAGACGGAAGUGGCUCCGUGUGGUGGCAGAAUCGCCCACUCGAUGAUCUGAGAGACCAUGAAAUGAAACUAAAUCCGGAGGAAAAAGGCUCACUUGGGGGGGAAAUGCCAACCUUAAAGCCAACGGCGCUUCGGUUCUAUGGGAGUUUCAAUGUGACAGUGACAGGUAUAACAAUUCAAAAUAGCCCUCAAUGCCACCUCAAAUUUGAUGACUGUGCAGGGGUAUAUGUGUACAAUUUUACUGCCUCAUCGCCUGGAGAUAGCCCCAACACAGAUGGAAUCCAUCUUCAGAACUCAAAGGAUGUUCUUGUCCAUAGCAGUAACCUUGCUUGCGGUGACGAUUGUGUUUCAAUUCAAACUGGAUGCACAAAUGUAUUCAUACACGAUGUAUAUUGUGGUCCGGGGCACGGAAUCAGCAUUGGAGGAUUAGGAAGAGACAACACAAAAGCUUGUGUCUCAAAUAUCACAGUGCGUGACAUUAUUAUGCGUAACACCAUGAAUGGUGUAAGGAUAAAAACAUGGCAGGGUGGGAUAGGUUCGGUGAAAGGCAUUCGAUUUUCGAACAUUCAAGUUGAUGAGGUUGAAGUGCCAAUAAUAAUUGACCAAUUCUAUUGUGACAAAAGAGCAUGCAAGAAUCAGACAAGUGCAGUAGCUGUAUCGGGAAUCCACUACGAGAACAUCAUAGGGACAUACACAGUGAAACCAAUCCAUUUUGCAUGCAGUGACAACACGCCGUGUUUGGAUGUGACCUUAGAUAGGAUCAAACUACAACCACUACAAGAGCGCUACCGAAUGUAUGACCCAUACUGUUGGCAGACAUUUGGAGAGUUGUACUCUCCUGCUUCCCCUCCCGUUCAAUGUUUACAAGUUCAUAAGCCAUCUAGCAGCGUGGAUCACAAUCAAUGUUGAAUCAUUAUUAAUUUGUGAGGUCGGCGUGGUUUUUCCAACCCCCCUUCACACCAUUAGUUAAUUAGUCAUGUAAUCUAGGAAUUAAUUUGAUUAGUGGCAAUAUUAGAUUAUACAAAAAAAAAAACUUUGUUCAAUUACUAGGGCUUUGUUCGAGUUAGAACAUGCAUGUGUCAUAAUGUAUAAAUAAAGUUUGGAAUACAAC